UGUCGUGAUUCAAAAGAUAACACAGUUGUGUUAGUCUCUAUCUUUCUUUACAAACACAAGUCCGCCAUUGAUUCGGGUUACUGUUGAGUUAUAAGCCCAGGAAAUAAUACACAGGUGUAAGCCUAGGAAAUACACAGGUGUAAGCUUAGAAAAUACAUAGGUGUAAGUUCAGGAAAUACACAGGUGUAAGCUUAGGAAAUACACAGGUGUAAGCUUAGUAUAUACACAGGUGUAAGCCCAGGAAAUAUACAGGUGUAAGCCCAGGAAAUACACAGGUGUAAGCCAAGGAAAUACACAGGUAAGUUUGUCAUGAUUUAGAGGAUCUUACAUCUCGUGAGUUGUUAGUGACGUGUUCAGAACACAAAAGAAUCGGCUUAAUCUUCAUGUGAAUAAAGUUAUGGAAACUGGCCUGUGGUCAAUUCAUGGACAACUGGUCUGUGGUCAAUUCAUGGACAACUGGUCUGUGGUCAAUUCAUGGACAACUGGUCUGUGGUCAAUUCAUUGACAACUGGUCUGUGGUUAAUUCAUGGACAACUGGUCUGUGCUCAAUGCAUGGACAACUGGCCUGUGGUCAAGUCAUGGACAACUGGUCUGUGGUCAAUUCAUGAACAACUGGUCUGUGGUCAAUUCAUGGACAACUGGUAUGUGGUCAAUUCAUGGACAACUGGUCUGUGGUCAAGUCAUGGACAAAUGGUCUGUGGUCAAUUCAUGAACAACUAGUCCUUAGUUAAGUCAUGAACAACUCGUUUGGGGUCAUUCAUGGACUACUAGCCUGUGUUCAAUUCAUGGACAACUGGUCUGUGGACAAUUCAUGAAAAACUAGUCCUUGGUUAAGUCAUGGACAACUAGUCUAAGUCAAUUCAUAGACAAUUGAUCUUUGGUUACAAAAAUUAGACUGCUAUUUUACUAAUUGGGACCACGAAUUAAGAGUUGACCAAAUUAAUUUUACUGUAUAAAAUAAUCAACAACUUUAAGAAAGUACUAUUCGAUUUUUAAUCGAGCUUUAAAUGUUUGUUUUUAUAAUGAUCCUGGGCUUAGGGCUGAUUUCGGCAAAUUCCUACCAAUAAUGUUAAGUCAACAUACUAGAAUUGAGACACGUAUUGGAUUGGGUCGCGACUUAGUAGUUCGCUGAUGAAGAGUUUAAUAAGGUGUAUGAACAAGUAGAUACAUUUUGUUUUCCUCUACCCACAAGUCAAAGAAGAUACAGAUGCAAAGAAUUUUUUGAAUACUUGAAAUAUUAUUGAAUAGUUUUCUCAUUUUGGCUUGAACUUGGUUUAUCUCGGUCCUUUAGUUUACCUUAAUUUUCUUUAUCUGUCUCUUAGUUGAACCUUAAUUUGUUUAUCUGUCAUUUAGUUUAAACUUACUUUGAUUAUCUAUAAUUUAGUUUAAACUAACUUUGUUUAUUUGUCAUUUAGUUUCAACUAACUUUGUUUAUUUAAAAUUUAGUUUAACCUAACUUUGUUUAUAUGCAAUUUAGUUUACAUAACUUUGUUUAUAUGUAAAGUAGUGUACCUAUCUUUGUUUAUAUGUAAUUUAUAUUAACCUACCUUUGUUUAUAUGUAAUUUAUAUUAACCUAACUUUGUUUAUAUGUAAUUUAUAUUAACCUACCUUUGUUUAUAUGUAAUUUAUAUUAACCUAACUUUGUUUAUAUGUAAUUUAUAUUAACCUAACUUUGUUUAUAUUUAAUUUAGUUUACCUAACUUUUUUAUCUGUCAUUUAGUUUAACCAAACUUUGUUUAUCUGUCAUUUAGUUUAAACUAACUUUGUUUAUCUGUCAUUUAGUUUCUCCAAAAUUUGUUUAUCUGACAAUUAGUUUCAACAAACUUUUUUAUCUGUCAUUUAGUUUCACCAAAUUGUGUUUAUCUGUCAUUAAGUUUCACAAAAUUUUGUUUAUCUGUCACUUAGUUUCACCAAAUUUUGUUUAUCUGUCAUUUAGUUUCACCAAAUUUUGUUUAUCUGUCAUUUAGUUUCACCAAAUUUUGUUUAUCUGUCAUUUAGUUUCAAAAACUUUGUUUAUCUGCCAUUUAGUUUCACCAAAUUUUGUUUAUCUGUCAUUUAGUUUCACCAAAUUUUGUUUAUCUGCCAUUUAGUUUCACCAAAUUUUGUUUAUCUGUCAUUUAAUUUCACCAAAUUUUGUUUAUCUGUCAUUUAGUUUCACCAAACUAUGUUUAUCUGUCAUUUAGUUUCACCAAACUUUGUUUAUCAGCCAUUUAGUUUCACCAAAUUUUUUUAUCUGCCAUUUAGUUUCACCAAACUUUGUUUAUCUGUCAUUUAGUUUCACCAAACUUUGUUUAUCUGUCAUUUAGUUUCACCAAAUUUUGUUUAUCUGUCAUUUAGUUUCACCAAAUUUUAUUUAUCUGUCAUUUAGUUUCACCAAACUUUGUUUAUCUGUCAUUUAGUUUCACCAAACUUUGUUUAUCAGCCAUUUAGUUUCACAAAUUUUGUUUUUCUGUCAUUUAUUUUCACCAAUUUUUGUUGAUCUGUCAUUUAGUUUCACCAAAUUUUGUUUAUCUGUCAUUUAGUUUCACCAAAUUUUGUUUAUCUGUCAUUUAGUUUCACCAAACUUUGUUUAUCUGUCAUUUAGUUUCACCAAACUUUGUUUAUCUGCCAUUUAGUUUCACCAAAUUUUGUUUAUCUGUCAUUUAGUUUCACCAAACUUUGUUUAUCUGUCAUUUAGUUUCACCAAACUUUGUUUAUCUGUCAUUUAGUUUCACCAAACUUUGUUUAUCUGCCAUUUAGUUUCACCAAAUUUUGUUUAUCUGUCAUUUAGUUUCACCAAACUUUGUUUAUCUGUCAUUUAUUUUCACCAAACUUUGUUUAUCUGUCAUUUAGUUUCACCAAAUUUUGUUUAUCUGUCAUUUAGUUUCACCAAACUUUGUUUAUCUGUCAUUUAUAUUCACCAAAUUUUGUUUAUCUGACAUUUAGUUUCACCAAAUUUUGUUUAUCUGUCAUUUAAUUUCACCAAAUUUUGUUUAUCUGUCAUUUAGUUUCACCAAAUUUUGUUUAUCUGCCAUUUAGUUUCACCAAAUUUUGUUUAUCUGCCAUUUAGUUUCACCAAAUUUUGUUUAUCUGUCAUUUAGUUUCACCAAAUUUUAAUUAUCUGUCAUUUAGUUUCACCAAACUUUGUUUAUCUCUCAUUUAGUCUCACCAAACUUUGUUUAUCUGCCAUUUAGUUUCACCAAAUUUUGUAUAUCUGUCAAUUAGUUUCAACAAACUUUUUUAUCUGUCAUUUAGUUUCACCAAAUUUUGUUUAUCUGUCAUUUAGUUUCACCAAAUUUUGUUUAUCUGCCAUUUAGUUUCACCCAAUUUUGUUUAUCUGUAAUUUAGUUUCACCAAAUUUUGUUUAUCUGCCAUUUAGUUUCACCAAAUUUUGUUUAUCUGUCAUUUAGUUUCACCAAAUUUUGUUUAUCUGUCAUUUAGUUUCACCAAAUUUUGUUUAUCUGUCAUUUAGUUUCACCAAAUUUUGUUUAUCUGUCAUUUAGUUUCACCAAAUUUUGUUUAUCUGUCAUUUAGUUUCACCAAAUUUUGUUUAUCUGUCAUUUAGUUUCACCAAAUUUUGUUUAUCUGUCAUUUAGUUUCACCAAAUUUUGUUUAUCUGUCAUUUAGUUUCACCAAAUUUUGUUUAUCUGUCAUUUAGUUUCACCAAAUUUUGUUUAUCUGUCAUUUAGUUUCACCAAAUUUUGUUUAUCUGUCAUUUAGUUUCACCAAAUUUUGUUUAUCUGUCAUUUAGUUUCACCAAAUUUUGUUUAUCUGUCAUUUAGUUUCACCAAAUUUUGUUUAUCUGUCAUUUAGUUUCACCAAAUUUUGUUUAUCUGUCAUUUAGUUUCACCAAAUUUUGUUUAUCUGUCAUUUAGUUUCACCAAAUUUUGUUUAUCUGUCAUUUAGUUUCACCAAAUUUUGUUUAUCUGUCAUUUAGUUUCACCAAAUUUUGUUUAUCUGUCAUUUAGUUUCACCAAAUUUUGUUUAUCUGUCAUUUAGUUUCACCAAAUUUUGUUUAUCUGUCAUUUAGUUUCACCAAAUUUUGUUUAUCUGUCAUUUAGUUUCACCAAAUUUUGUUUAUCUGUCAUUUAGUUUCACCAAAUUUUAUUUAUCUGUCAUUUAGUUUCACCAAACUUUGUUUAUCUGUCAUUUAGUUUCACCAAACUUUGUUUAUCAGCCAUUUAGUUUCACAAAUUUUGUUUAUUUGUCAUUUAGUUUCACCAAAUUUUGUUUAUCUGUCAUUUAGUUUCACCAAAUUUUGUUUAUCUGUCAUUUAGUUUCACCAAAUUUUGUUUAUCUGACACUUAGUUUCACCAAAUUUUGUUUAUCUGUCAUUUAGUUUCACCAAACUUUGUUUAUCUGUCAUUUAGUUUCACCAAAUUUUGUUUAUCUGUCAUUUAGUUUCAAAAACUUUGUUUAUGUCAUUUAGUUUCACCAAAUUUUGUUUAUCUGUCACUUAGUUUCACCAAAUUUUGUUUAUCUGCCUUUUAGUUUCACCAAAUUUUGUUUAUCUGUCAUUUAGUUUCAUCAAACUUUGUUUAUCUGUCAUUUAGUUUCACCAAACUUUGUUUAUCUGCCAUUUAGUGUCACCAAAUUUUGUUUAUCUGUCAUUUAGUUUCACCAAACUUUGUUUAUCUGUCAUUUAAUUUCACCAAACUUUGUUUAUCUGUCAUUUAGUUUCACCAAACUUUGUUUAUCUCUCAUUUAGUCUCACCAAACUUUGUUUAUCUGCCAUUUAGUUUCAGCAAAUUUUGUUUAUAGUUCAUUUAGUUUCACCAAACUUUGUUUAUCUGUCAUUUAUAUUCACCAAAUUUUGUUUAUCUGUCAAUUAGUUUCAACAAACUUUUUUAUCUGUCAUUUAGUUUCACCUAAUUUUAUUUAUCUGUCAUUUAGUUUCACCAAAUUUUGUUUAUCUGUCAUUUAGUUUCACCAAAUUUUGUUUAUCUGUCAUUUAGUUUCACCAAAUUUUGUUUAUCUGCCAUUUAGUUUCACCAAAUUUUGUUUAUCUGUCAUUUAGUUUCACCAAAUUUUGUUUAUCUGUCAUUUAAUUUCACCAAACUAUGUUUAUCUGUCAUUUAGUUUCACCAAAUUUUGUUUAUCAGCCAUUUAGUUUCACCAAAUUUUGUUUAUCUGCCAUUUAGUUUCACCAAACUUUGUUUAUCUGUCAUUUAGUUUCACCAAACUUUGUUUAUCUGUCAUUUAGUUUCACCAAAUUUUGUUUAUCUGUCAUUUAGUUUCACCAAACUUUGUUUAUCAGCCAUUUAGUUUCACAAAUUUUGUUUAUCUGCCAUUUAGUUUCACCAAAUUUUGUUUAUCUGUCAUUUAGUUUCACCAAAUUUUGUUUAUCUGUCACUUAGUUUCACCAAACUUUGUUUAUCUAUCAUUUAGUUUCACCAAACUUUGUUGAUCUGUCAAUUAGUUUCACCAAACUUUUUUAUCUGUCAUUUAGUUUCACCAAACUUUGUUUAUCUGUCAAUUAGUUUCACCAAAUUUUUUUAUCUGUCAUUUAGUUUCACCAAACUUUGUUUAUCUGUCAUUUAGUUUUACCAAACUUUGUUGAUCUGUCAUUUAGUGUCACCAAACUUUGUUGAUCUGCCAUUUAGUUUCACCAAACUUUGUUUAUCUGUCAUUUAGUUUCACCAAACUUUGUUGAUCUGUCAAUUAGUUUCAACAAACUUUUUUAUGUCAUUUAGUUUCACCAAACUUUGUUUAUCUGUCAUUUAGUUUCACCAAACUUUGUUUAUCUGUCAUUUAGUUUAAGCAAACAUUGUUUAUUUGUAUUUUAGUUUUAACAAACAUUGCUUAUCUGCCACUUAGUUUCACGUUAUCAUUUUUCUGAGAAAGACGUUUUUACUCAGAAACAAAAAUGAAAUUUGUGAGUGGCGUGACAAAUGUGGGGAAUGGCGGGGGUUGGGGGGCGUUGAGGCAGACUACUAUCGACGAUGAUUCUCACACUUACUACAGGAGAUUUUGUGAUCAAUAAUAGUGGCCCGUGUGGGGGGAGGGUGGGGGUGGGGGUAGGGGGUCUUAGUAAGAUGGAAACUUUCUUACAAAAAUAAAAUAUGGACGAUGCAUCAUAUCACUGCUACUUUACAUAUAUGGUCUAUAUUUCAAAUGAAGUCUAUCUACUUUACAUAUAUAGUCUAUAUUUCAUAUGUAGUCGAUCUACUUUUAAUAUGUAAUCUAUCUACUUACAUAUAUAGUCUUUAUUAUUUACAUAAUAAUUUAGUCUAGUAAACGGAGGCUAUGUUACAGUAUGUUGAUAACAUAAUGAUAGACAGUUGCGUAACUAGGGUGGCGGUAAAUUCCUGGUGUCUCUGCCACCCCCCGCCCCUCUUCUGUACUUGCACCAAGUAAAAAAUAAUCAGUUCACACAGAACCGCUUAUCUUACAAAAUAGCUGAUACCAUUGUUUGUAAAAGUAAGUCCUAAAGGAACGAAAGACAUAAGAGGAAACAUGGAAAGAAUGUCAACCGGUGCAGCCUUACUCCAUUAGUGACGCCCGAGAUAAUAAAGUAUUUCUUUUGCAAAAUAGCUGUUCCCACACAUGAAUUGAUAUCUAACAUAGAUGGUUUGGACGAGUUUCAACAGAAUCCCUUUAAAUAAUUGGUUUGGUUCCCUGUUUUAACAAGAUCACCUUCACGUUCACAUUUACGAGGUGUGCUACUUCUUCAAUCAAACGUUACAAAGAAAUGUCUACAUGUUGGUUAUUGUCUCAUAAAACUAUGAAUUAAAUUUUGUUUGAAAGAAAGCAGACAUGCUAUAUGCUGUUUGAAAGAAAGCAGACAUGCUAUAUGCUGUCUCAAAGAAAGCAGACAUGCUAUAUGCUGUUUGAAAGAAAGCAGAUAGGCUAUAUGCUGUUUGAAAGAAAGCAAACAUGCUAUAUGUUGUUUAAAAGAAAGCAGACAUUCUAUAUGCAGUUUGAAAGAAAUCAGAAAUGCUAUAUGUUGUUUGAAAGAAAGCAGAUAGGCUAUAUGCUGUUUGAAAGAAAGCAGACAUGCUAUAUGCUGUUUGAAAGAAAGCAGACAUGCUAUAUGCUGUUUGAAAGAAAGCAGACAUGCUAUAUGCUGUCUGAAAGAAAGCAGAUAUGCUAUAUGAUGUUUGAAAGAAAGCAGACAUGCUAUAUGCUGUUUGAAAGAAAGCAGGCAUGCUAUAUGCUGUUUGAAAGAAAGCAGACUUGCUAUAUGCUGUUUGAAAGAAAUCAGACAUGCUAUAUGUUGUUUGAAAGAAAGCAGACAUUCUAUAUGCAGUUUGAAAGAAAUCAGACAUGCUAUAUGCUGUUUGAAAGAAAUCAGACAUGCUAUAUGUUGUUUGAAAGAAAGCAGACAUUCUAUAUGCAGUUUGAAAGAAAUCAGACAUGCUAUAUGUUGUUUGAAAGAAAGGAGAUAUGCUAUAUGCUGUUUGAAAGAAAGCAGACAUGCUAUAUGCUGUUUGAAAGAAAGCAGACAUGCUAUAUGCUGUUUGAAAGAAAGCAGACAUGCUAUAUGCUGUUUGAAAGAAAGCAGACAUGCUAUAUGCUGUUUGAAAGAAAGCAGACAUGCUAUAUGCUGUUUGAAAGAAAGCAGACAUGCUAUAUGUUUUUUGAAAGAAAGCAGACGUGCUAUAUGCUGUUUGAAAGAAAGCAGACAUGCUAUAUGCUGUUUGAAAGAAAGCAGACAUGCUAUAUGCUGUUUGAAAGAAAUCAGACAUGCUUUAUGUUGUUUGAAAGAAAGCAGACAUGCUGUGUGCUGUUUUACAACUCUAACAAGUAGGCUUGGCAAUACCAAAUACUUGUAUAGGAAAUAAGUUGGUUAUCAUAAGGAUGUUAUCUACACACCUUUGACACUGCGUGUUUGAUGAUACGGCACUAAAUAUAUGCAUGUGUCAUCAAAUACUGCCGACAGUCCCUUAUCAAAGCUGAGAUUAAAGAGUCUAUUCGGUUGGUUUAAAUGUUUUUUAUCUUUUCGCGCGUUCACAAUAUUUACAAAUAGAUAAACUUUACCUGGAUCGAAUUGUUUACUCUGGGAAUCUUGUUCUACAAACUCCAUUAGCGAGAGUGGAGAGGUGGCCAAGUGGUAUAUUAGGAAACAGGCGCAUAUAACGGAGGGGGGGAGGGAAUAAAAUAUAAAACUGACCUGAUUUUUGAAUUUUCAUGACGUAAUAACUCAUUUGGUCACAAAGAUUAUCUAUACAAUUUGGAAUAAUGCCGACCUUGAAAAAUGCAUACAUUGGAGAGCAGCUUAAGAUAUGUCUCUAUGAUCAACUCAAAGAUUAGUUGCUAACAAAUUUUUAAAAAAUAUUGAACUAUCACAAUUCAUUCAUCUGCAAAUAUGAAAACACAUUUUAAUUUCAACUCAAAGCAACGUUGCCCGCUGUCAAUCAGUACACCAACAUUUUUAUUUUCAACUCAAAGCGGGGUUGCCCACUGACCAUCAGUACACCAACAUUUCAUUUCAACUUGACACAAAAGACAAGUCCAUUAGCGUCUCUAAUGUGACACAAAUUUACGUGGCCAUGGACGUAUAUAAUUUGACCCUAAAUAAAGUGUACAUGGACGUCCAUAAUUUGAACCAAAGAACGUGGCCAUGAACGUCCAUAAUUUGGCACCAAAUGGACUGGCCAUAAACGACCUUAAAACGAUUAGAACGGCCAUAAAAAAGAGAGAUGUCUUUAGAGCUUUUAAAGCGAAACAAAAAAAUGCCUUUUUAAAAUUAUUUUUCAACAUUUUCAUUUUUUAAAUUAUUUUUUAAUAUUAUAUAAAAACUUCUAUGAUGAUCACAGGAUCAAUUAAAAUCUGAUCCAAGCGCCAUUUCAUGAACUAACUCUUUGUAAAGGACAUUACUUCAUACGUCACAGCGCCCCGUGUUGAGUCUAUCUUUUGACUAAUAAUGUUUAAUUUUUCUCUCGCUCAAUUCCCGACCAAACACAAACAAACUCGCGCCAUCUCAAAAACCUUUUCACAUCCCAAAAACUUUCCUUGGACGAACAAUAUCUCCGGAUCCAGGCAUUUCCCGUGGCCGAAAUGAAUUUCUUCCACACUGAAUACUCUCAGAAGCACGUCUAAACAAAAAAGUUUCACAGUCUCCUUCACAAUUACUGACAUCUCGCCACGUAUUACAAGCUACAUCGCAUUACUACGAUAUCGAUCACAUAAUAUACGUCAUCAGAGUAUUUUACGAGAUCUUCAGCCAAUUGUUUUCAAUAAUCUCCUAGAAACUAAUGCUGGUGCUAUGGUACUGACCAAAACAUCAGCAAAUUAAUAUUUAAUUCAUUUGACGAUUGCUCCAGACAAACAUUGGGCGAAAGUAAUAUGAAAAAAGUUUGUAAAUGUCACUGUUUUCAAAUUAGGCCAAGAGUAUAGACUCGUUUGUUGUUGAAAAAAAUAUAUGUUUUAUAAAUGGUUAUAUUAAUAGACUAAUCUAAUUGAAUGCUGACGUGGCGUGGGGUACAUGGCAUGAAUUUGGUGGGGUAAAUGAGUUGGGUGGGGCGUGAUACAAUAACUGGUUUGGGGCUGUACAUGACAUGAAUUAGGUGUGGCACAUGACUAAGGUGGGGUGUGGUACAUGAUCUGGUUGGGAUGUGGUACAUUAACUAGUUUAGGGUAAUACAUGACAUGGAUGUGUGUGGUACAUGACAUGGAUAUGGUGUGCCCCAGGACGUGGGUGGGAUUUAGUAUAUGACACAAGACGGAUGGCCUCCAUCACAUGAGCAGGGUGUUGUACAAGCUCAUUUCAUUUAAUGAAAAUUAUGUCAACGUUUUAACACCAAAGAUGAUACUUGAUGUGUUUCAGACCAGUGGCUAAAUGUACAUCCUAGGACUUUCACUGUCAGCCUUCUUUGCUAUUUGUCUAGGACUCAAUGAUGGUAAGAAGUCUUUAUAAGUUUAGGUCUGCGAUUUAGUGAUGGAAUGAUGUCUGUAUUAGUCUAUGUCUAGGACUUACUGAUGGUAUGAUGCAUGUGUAAGUCUAUGUCUAAAACUCAGUCAUGGAAAUAUGUCUAAUAAAUUCAUGUCUGGGAUUAAGUGAUGGUAUGAUGUUUGUAUUGGUCUAUGUCUGUAAUUUAGUGAUGGUAGAAUGUCUGUAUAAGUUCGUGUUUAAGACUUAGAGAUGGUAAGAUUUCUGUAUACGUCUAUGUCUAAGACUCAGUGAUGGCAUGAUGUCUGUAUAAGUAUAUGUCUGUAAUUUAGUGAUGGUAAGAUGUCUGAAUAAGUCUAUGUCUAUGAAUUAGUGAUGGUAAAAUAUCUGUAUAAGUUUCCAGACCACCAAGUUAGUUGAUAAAUAACAACGGGAAAGACUUUUGAAAAGUCAGGAAAAGCUUUGAAAAUAAAACAACAAUCACACAUUUAGUAUCGCAAACUCAUCUCUCCUAUCAAAUGCAACAUCAGGGAUUAACCACCUCACGGCAAAUGCAACUCAACAAUCAGGGGGUAAACAGCUCAAGACAAUUGCAGUUCAACAAUCAUGGGGUAACCAGCUCACUGCAAAUGUAGUUCAACAAUCAGAUGGUAUCCAGCUAAUUGGACAUGCAGUUAACAAUCAACCUUUGAAAAUAAAAAUAGAUGUAACGUUUAGCUGUAAAACCCCCAAACAUUUAAAUAUGACCUGAUGGCAGAUUUAAUGAAUUCAGUCAUUAAAAACAUUCAAUAAUUUCAUUUUUUUCAAUCAUUAAAUAUAUUCAGUCAUUUAAUGAAUCCAAUCUGUUAAUUUAUUCAUUCUUUAAUGAAUUCCAUGAAAAAAUGUAUUGGAUCAUAGAAUGUAUUUUUUCAAUUAACGUAUUCAAUCAAUUAAUCAAUUAAUGAAUUGAAUUGUUUAAUGAUUUAAUAGUUCAAUUAUUAAAUGAAUUCAAUAAUUUAAUGUAUUCAAUCAUGUAAGUAUUUUAAUCAUUUAAUUAAUGCAUUCAAUUAUAUAAGGAAAGACCAGGUCAACAUGCAUCUAUGAGCUCAACAGUCCAUCAAAUAGAACUCCCCCUAUAUUUACAUUUUAAAGUAUACGAGAAGGUUGUUUAUAGCCUGGAUAUAGACACCUUGAGGAAGCUCAAUCGGCACUAUGGAGUACCAUGAAAACUAGUCAGAAACAUUCAGAGUCCCUACGAAGAAAAAACAUGCAGUGUUGUACACGAAAGUAGACUCACAGAUGAUUUCAACGUAGAAACUGGAGAUAGACAAGGAUGUCUCUUGUUCCCAUUCCUAUUCAUCCUCACCAUUGACUGGAUAAUGAAAAAUCCACCGACAAACAGGGGAUUGGGACACAGUGGACACUCAGGGAACAACUGAAUGACCUAUAGGGACACAGUGGACACUCAGGGAACAACUGAAUGACCUAGACUCUGCAGACGACAUUGCACUUCUGUCCCACAACCAGCAAAAAAUACAGGAAGAGACAAAAGACGUAGCCAUCAUUUUAGCACUGCUCGGACUCUAUAUAAAUAAAACAAAGACGAAGAUCAUGAAGAUAAACUCAGCCAACCAAGAGCAUAUCUCUCUGGCAGAAAAGGCACUGGAAGAAGUGGAGUUCUUCAUAGACUUAGGCGGCACCCUCGACUUAGGCGGCACCAUCGACUUAGAAGGCCGAUCCAACGUGGAUGUAAUAGUUAGAAUUUGAAAAGCUAGAACGGCAUUUUGUGCUAUUAAAGAAAAUAUGGGAGUCGAAUGAGCUGAAGCUGCAAACCAAAACCAGAAUCUUUCAAACUAAUGUCAAAACAGUUCUAAUAUAUGGAGCAGAAACUUUGUAAAAUAAAGCGAGCAUUACGGAGAAAGUGCAUACUAUCAUAGCACACGCCCUAGGAACAUAGUGGCUAUCAAACGGCCAAAUAGCAUCACCUACAAAGACCUCCUAGAAAGGACAUACCAGAUGCCCAUUAAUCAAGGCAUCAUAAAGAAAAGAUGGAGGUGGGUUUGACAUACUCUCCGAAAAACCCAAGAUAGCAUCACCAUACAAUCCCUAACAUGGAAUCCACAAAGAGAAGGAAAGAGGUGAAGGCCUAAGAAUACAUGGAGACAAAAGUUAGAGGUAGAAACUCAAAAUAUAACAUACACCUGGACGCAAUUGGAAAGGCAAGCACAGCACCGUGAUGAAUGGAAAAUUAUUGUGGACCGCCUAUUCCCCAGGCGGAGUAAAAAGAAGAAAAAAUAUGAAAUAAUGCAUUAAAUCAUUAAAUGUAUUUAAAUAAUUCCAUACUUUAAUUUGUUCAAUCAUUUAAUUUAUUAUAUUAUUUAAUAAGCACAAUCUUUUAGUGUACUCAAUUAUGUGUGUAUAUUUUGUAAUAUUUCCUUUUUCUUUAAUUUGUUAUCAGUUCAAACUUGGAAGCACGUGAACUUGAGAGCCGGUCAGCAAGUAAGGCUCGUGUCCACUCCUGUCAAUGUCUCCUCCAAAAUAUCAUGGUACGUCACCAUUGCUGGCGUGGAGCAUGGGGCCGGAGUCUGUCAGCUAGAGAUGACUCCCGACAACAACGUCACAGCUGGCGGCAGUAACUACACGUGUAUUAACACAUUGGCUCACUUGGACGGGAUAGUAAGCAUCCAGAAGGGUGAGUUUGUGGUCAUUGUCAUAAUCCGGCAUGGUAAAGGUCUUGUCGUUGUCCUAUGUCCACCAUCGUCAAUGUCCGGUUUGUGUUCUAUGCACAGCCUUUUAAAUGACCAGUCACUGAAUUCACUGGCACACACAAAGAAGAAAAAAACACCUACCCACCAUAUGUGUGAAAUUUAAAUGAAGUGUAGAAUCUAAAGUAAAAUAAAACAGCAUAAUAUAAUUAUUAUUAUAAUGGGUUUUAUAUAGCGUGGUACCACAGCCUAGGGCUGGGCUCGCGACAUAUAAUGUAUAUAUAUUUAACAAACAUAAUCAAAAACUUAAAAAAAUUAUUUAAACUACAUAAAGUAAAUAAAACAAACCAAAUGCAUCUUUAAAACUAUUUAUAUUUCAAGGCAUGCACGACAUCCAGAAGAUCGUUUUUCUGUCAGAAUCAAAAUUUCCUUCAGAAAAAAUAACUUAAAGAAAUAUCUAUAUAAGAAUGAGCUAGGGUGACAUAACGCCAAGAGGGGGAUAUGAUUUAAGUACGUUCGGAUUCCUAAAAACUAUCAUUGUUAUUUUCUAUUAUUUUACGGAAAUCGAAUAAAUUUAAAUCCAAAAAAAAUUAUUAUAAGUUCGCAUUUAUUUUAGUAAAGGUUUAAGUAUUAUUAUUAAAAAUUACAAAUACAUUUAAAGUAUCAACUAAGGAACUAUUUUAAGCAUUUUAUAUGUGUUUGAAAGUUAUGGAAAAAAAAAUGAAAAAAAAAUAAUGAUCAAAGAAUGACAUCGUAAUCACAUUUAUCAAGGAAACCCUAACAUCAAUCGUUUUUAGUGCGUCUUUUAGUGCAUUGUUAACGUUGCCAAUUUAAAUUAAAAUUAAUGUUCUCUAAAUAAUCAUGCAAAUGACGACAUAGCGCUAAAUAGUCUAUUUCGCCAAACUCUUAGGUUUCUUUAAAUUUAAUAACCGCGCGUGACAAACUGAUUAUGUAUUUUCCCUUCUAAAAAGUAAAAUUAAUAAAUACAAUUGAUUGCUUUUAAAAUUGUUAAUAAAACACACACACAUUUUUUAUUUGUAUAUUUUAACAUUUAAAAAAUUGUGCCUUUUUUACUCCAAAAAUAUACUUUUAUUAAAUUUAUAACGUAAUAAAAAUUUAACUGUAAAUAUAAUUAUAAUAAGAAAAUGCAGUUUUAGCCAAUCAGUGCAACGCUACUCCAUAGCCAAAUGGCAUUCACUAAUCCACUUAUACCUCAUAGAAAUAAGAACGAACCAUAUGAAGUGCAAAAUAUGUUAGUUUGGGUUUGGAAGGGACAACAAUCCGGUGAAAGAUUUUCUAAAUUUAUUUAAAUCUGGGUGGGGGACGGGUUGGUCACUUUGCCCCAGGCAGCACAAGAUACGUCUCAAAAUAAAGGAAUGAAUUUGAUAAAUAAUUAACCUUCUUAGGUACAUUCAUAUCGGAAAUAGGAAAUAGGAUGUGUACAUUUUUACAUGGAUGACAAUAUAUUUAAAUCCUAUGGUAUUACAUUUGUGAAAAAGAGAGAUGCUACAUUCUCUUUUUACUAAUAUGUGUACGUUCAUUUUGUCCAAGGCAGCAAAAGAAACGUCUCAAAUAAUGGGAUUAAAAAAAGAGAUGUUAAAUUCUCUUUUUACAAAUAAACAUUUGUUUACCAAUUAAGAAAAUCAAUGGCGUUAACAAAUCUUGGGUACAUUCACAUAACUAUAUCCAUUAAUAUCAAAACCAAUCAUUUUACACGCUUGAAAAUUAAAUUUUGGGGUAAUUUUUCAUUUUUUUAAAAAUGAAAAUAUAUUUUGUUGUUACUUUGCAAAAAGUAAAGAGAUGUGUAUUUUUCUGAGAUUAACAAUUUAAUUUUUUUUUUAAAGACGGUCAAAUGUGAUAUAAGCAUGAAAAGAAGUUGCAAGAUUCUUCUUAGAAAAAGAAUUCUUUGUUUUUACGAUUUUCUAAUAAUGUAUAAUUUUAAAAAAAGGCAAAUAUGGGUUUAAAUUUUUGAUGAAGAUAUCAAUGUAUAUCAAAUUCCUGUAAUACAAAAUAUAUUUAUAACAUAUCAAUUUUUUGUUGUAAGUUUAUGAUUAUUUUAAAAAAAUGUAAUUCAAUGGCACGAAAAGGGGUAAAUCUAAAGUUGUUCUCUAGCGUAGUAAUUGUCCCUCAAUUAAUUUCUUUAGUGACAAAAGUGAUAUAAUUAUUGAUAAUUUAGACUGGGUAAUUUAAGCUCAUGUUUAGAGGCGGAAAGUAGUUUAGGGGCGUGAAAAGGUGUAGGGUACGCGUAUCAUAUAUAGCAGAUAAACACUUCUCAAAACUUAAUGAUGUUAGAAACGUAAAUAUCAUUACAUCUUAAAAGUUAUGAAUUGGGAUGAGUUUUUGCAAAAGCAGUUAGAAAUUAUCGCAAAUGAAAAUGACCGACCAUUAUUAUCCGUCAUUGAUUCUAGUUUAUAAAUAUAUAUUAUCUUAACUAUAUUUCGAUCGUUUAAUGUAUUCAAUCGUUUUAUUAAUUCAAUCAUUUAAUGUAUUUAAUAAUUUAAUUAAAUGUAAUCAUUUAAUUUAGUCAAUCAUUUCAUGCAUUCAAUCAAUUAAUGAUUUCAAUAUAUAUAUAUAAAUGUAUUCAAUCGUUUUAUUAAUUCAAUCAUUUAAUGUAUUUAAUAAUUUAAUUAAAUGUAAUCAUUUAAUUUAGUCAAUCAUUUCAUGCAUUCAAUCAAUUAAUGAUUUCAAUAUAUAUAUAUAUAUAUAUAUAUAUAUAUAUAUAUAUAUAUAUAUAUAUAUAUAUAUAUAUAUAUAUAUAUAUAUAUAUAUAUAUAUAUCAGCAUUGUUAUCAAUUGACAAAAUAUAAAAAGACAAAAAAACAAGUACACAACAAAAUAAACUAAACAAUGUUACAUUACAUUUUUUUUUAAAUCUUAAGAAACUUAUUAUUUCUUUUCCUGAAAAAAAAAUGUUGUAUGUGUAAAUCCUACUCCCCCUACUUACUCCCUCCUCUGACCGAUGCUGCUGGCCGACGUCAAUGGCUUUACAUGUCAAAGUUCUGCGGUGGGUGGGGUGAAUAUACAUGUGUUUAAAUUCUGUUGUUAUACAGCUGGUCUUAAUACCUAAAUGCAUUUUACUUGAAUGUCAAGAUUAUGUCUCUUUUGCUCAUAUUUUUAUGUACAGCGUGGUGAGCUAAUCCCUAGGCUGGGGUAUCGCUCAAUAUAAGACAACUAAUAAUAAUGAUUAUAAUAAUAACAGUACUUAUUAAAAAAGUGCACACACAUAAGAUGGUAGGUGUACGUGACUAAACCGAUGAAAGUGUAUGUGCAUGAACUAAUGAAAGUGUACGUGCACGAACUAAUGAAAUUGUACGUGCGUGAACUAAUGAAAAUGUACAAGCAUGAACUAAUGAAAGUGUACAUUCAUGAACUAAUGAAAGUGUACGUGCAUGAACUAAUGAAAGUGUACGUGCAUGAACUAAUGAAAAUGUACAUGCAUGAACUAAUGAAAGUGUGCAUGCAUGAACUAAUGAAAAAGUACCUUCAUGACCUAAUGAAAGUGUACAUGCAUGAACUAAUGAAAGUGUACAUGCAUAAACUAAUGAAAGUGUACGUGCAUGAACUAAUGAAAGUGUACAUGCAUGAACUAAUGAAAGUGUAAGUGCAUGACCUAAUGAAAGUGUACAUGCAUGAACUAAUGAAAGUGUACGUGCAUGACCUAAUAAAAGUGUACAUACAUGACCUAAUAAAAGUGCACGUGCAUGACAUAAUGAAAGUGUACGUGCAAUAACUAAUGAAAGUGUACAUGCAUGAACUAAUGAAAGUGUACGUGCAUCAAAAAAUGAAAGUGUACGUGCAUGCGAUAAUGAAAGUGUACGUGCAUAAGUUAAUGAAAAAUUAAGUGCAUGAACUAAUGAAAGUGUACAACAAGGCACCUGAUAUCUUAAUGGGUUUCUGUUGUAGAUUUCGGUAAAAUUACAUCUUACUUGGAAUUACAUCAUGUGACUAGCAAUGUGACGCGUGUGAGAAGUGUACCCCACACACGUCCAGAGGACAACAGGAUUUGGAGUAUCACAGUCGUGGGUAAGCUCAGACAUCACAUUUGUGACAAUGUUCAUGUAUAAUAGUUGUUGCUAUGAUCAUAUAUCACUGUGGUGGGUGAGUUCAUAUAUCACAGUCGUGGGUAAGCUCAGAUAUCACAUUUGUGACAAUGUUCAUGUAUAAUAGUUGUUGCUAUGAUCAUAUAUCACAGUGGUGGGUAAGCUCAGACAUCGCAUUUGUGACAAUGUUCAUGUAUAAUAGUUGUUGCUAUGAUCAUAUAUCACAGUCGUGGGUAAGCUCAGACAACACAUUUGUGACAAUGUUCAUGUAUAAUAGUUGUUGCUAUGAUCAUAUAUCACAGUCGUUGGUAAGCUCAGACAUCACAUUUGUGACAAUGUUCAUGUAUAAUAGUUGUUGCUAUGAUCAUAUAUCACAGUGGUGGGUGAGUUCAUAUAUCAAUGUCGUGGGUAAGCUCAGACAUCACAUUUGUGACAAUGUUCAUGUAUAAUAGUUGUUGCUAUGAUAAUAUAUCACAGUGGUGGGUGAGUUCAUAUAUCACAGUCGUGGGUAAGCUCAGACAUUCCAUUUGUGACAAUGUUCAUGUAUAAUAGUUGUUGCUAUGAUCAUAUAUCACAGUGGUGGGUGAGUUCAUAUAUCACAGUAGUGGGUGAGUUCAUAUAUCACAGUGGUGGGUGAGUUCAUAUAUCACAGUCGUUGGUAAGCUCAGACAUCACAUUUGUGACAAUGUUCAUGUAUAAUAGUUGUUGCUAUGAUCAUAUAAAACAGUGGUGGGUGAGUUCAUAUAUCACAGUCGUGGGGUAGCUCACACAUCACAUUUGUGACGAUGUUCAUGUAUAAUUGUUGCUGCUAUGAUCAUAUAUCACAGUGGUGGGUGAGUUCAUUUAUCACAGUUGUUGGUAAGCACACACAUCACAUUUGUGACGAUGUUCAUGUAUAAUGGUUGUUGCUAUGAUCAUAUAUUAUGACAUUGGUGGGUGAGUUCAUAUAUCACAGUUGUUGGUAAGCUCAGACAUCACAUUUGUGACAAUGUUCAUGUAUAAUAGUUGUUGCUCUGAUCAUAUAUCACAGUGGUGGGUGAGUUCAUAUAUCACAAUCGUGGGUAAGCUCAGACAUCACAUUUGUGACAAUGUUCAUGUAUAAUAGUUGUUGCUAUGAUCAUAUAUCACAGUGGUGAGUGAGUUCAUAUAUCACAGUGGUGGGUGAGUUCAUAUAUCACAGUCGUGGGUAAGCUCAAACAUCACAUUUGUGACGAUUUUCAUGUAUAAUAGUUGUUGCUAUGAUCAUAUAUCACAGUGGUGGGUGAGUUCAUAUAUCACAGUCGUGGGUAAGCUCAAACAUCACAUUUGUGACGAUUUUCAUGUAUAAUAGUUGUUGCUAUGAUCAUAUAUCACAGUGGUGGGUGAGUUCAUAUAUCACAGUCGGUGGUAAGCUCAGACAUAACAUUUGUGACAAUGUUCAUGCAUAAUAGUUGUUGCUAUGAUCAUAUAUCACAGUGGUGAGUGAGUUCAUAUAUCACAGUGGUGGGUGAGUUCAUAUAUAACAGUGGUGGGUGAGUUCAUAUAUCACAGUCGUUGGUAAGCUCAGACAUCAAAUUUGUGACAAUGUUCAUGUAUAAUAGUUGUUGCUAUGAUCAUAUAAAACAGUGGUGGAUGAGUUCAUAUAUCACAGACAUUGGUAAGCUCAGACAUCACAUUUGUGACAAUGUUCAUGUAUAAUAGUUGUUGCUAUGAUCAUAUAUCACAGUGGUGGGUGAGUUCAUAUAUCACAGUCGUGGGUAAGCUCAAACAUCACAUUUGUGACGAUUUUCAUGUAUAAUAGUUGUUGCUAUGAUCAUAUAUCACAGUGGUGGGUGAGUUCAUAUAUCACAGUCGUGGGUAAGCUCAGACAUCACAUUUGUGACAAUUUUCAUGUAUAAUAGUUGUUGCUAUGAUCAUAUAUCACAGUGGUGGGUGAGUUCAUAUAUCACAGUCGUGGGUAAGCUCAGACAUCACAUUUGUGACAAUGUUCAUGUAUAAUAGUUGUUGCUAUGAUCAUAUAUCACAGUGGUGGGUGAGUUCAUAUAUCACAGUAGUGGGUGAGUUCAUAUAUCACAGUGGUGGGUGAGUUCAUAUAUCACAGUCGUUGGUAAGCUCAGACAUCACAUUUGUGACAAUGUUCAUGUAUAAUAGUUGUUGCUAUGAUCAUAUAAAACAGUGGUGGGUGAGUUCAUAUAUCACAGUCGUGGGGUAGCUCACACAUCACAUUUGUGACGAUGUUCAUGUAUAAUAGUUGUUGCUAUGAUCAUAUAAAACAGUGGUGGAUGAGUUCAUAUAUCACAGACAUUGGUAAGCUCAGACAUCACAUUUGUGACAAUGUUCAUGUAUAAUAGUUGUUGCUAUGAUCAUAUAUCACAGUGGUGGGUAAGCUCAGACAUCACAUUUGUGACAAUGUUAAGCUAUAAUAGUUGUUGCUAUGAUCAUAUAUCACAGUCGUGGGUAAGCUGAGACAUCUUUUUUGUAACAAUGUUCAUGUAUAAUAGUUGUUGCUAUGAUCAUAUAUCACAGUCGUGUGUAAGCUCAGACAUCUUAUUUGUAACAAUGUUCAUGUAUAAUAGUUGUUGCUAUGAUCAUAUAUCACAGUCGUUUGUAAGCUCAGACAUCACAUUUGUGACAAUGUUCAUGUAUAAUAGUUGUUGCUAUGAUCAUAUAUCACAGUGGUGGGUGAGUUCAUAUAUCAAUGUCGUUGGUAAGCUCAGACAUCACGUUUGUGACAAUUUUCAUGUAUAAUAGUUGUUGCUAUGAUCAUAUAUCACAGUGGUGGUUGAAUUCAAUAUCACAGUGGUGGGUGAGUUCAUAUAUCACAGUGGUGGGUGAGUUCAUAUAUCACAGUCGUUGGUAAGCUCAGACAUCACAUUUGUUACAAUGUUCAUGUAUAAUAGUUAUUGCUAUGAUCAUAUAUCACAGUGGUGGGUGAGUUCGUAUAUCACAGUGUUGGGUGAGUUCAUAUAUCACAGUGGUGGGUGAGGUCAUAUAUCACAGUGGUGGGUGAGUUCAUAUAUCACAGUGGUUGAUGAGUUCAUAUAUCACAGUCGUGGGUGAGUUCAUAUAUCACAGUGGUGGGUGAGUUCAUAUAUCACAGUGGUGGGUGAGUUCGUAUAUCACAGUGGUGGGUGAUUUCAUAUAUAUUACAGUGCUGGGUGAGUUCAUAUAUCACAGUGGUGGGUGAGUUCAUAUAUCAAAGUGGUGGGUGAGUUCAUAUAUCACAGUGGUGGGUGAGUUCAUAUAACACAGUGGUGGGUGAGUUCAUAUAUCACAGUGGUGGGUGAGUUCAUAUAUCACAGUGGUUGGUGAGUUCAUAUAUCACAGUGGUGGGUGAGUUCAUAUAGGACAGUGGUGUGUGAGUUCAUAUAUCACAGUGGUGGGUGAGAUCGUAUAUCACAGUGGUGGGUGAGUUCAUAUAUCACAGUGCUGGGUGAGUUCAUAUAACGCAGUGGUGGGUUAGUGCAUAUAUCACAGUCGUGUGUAAAUUCACACAUCACUUUUGUAACUAUGUUUAUAUAUCAUAUACGUGGCUAUGUUCAUAAAUCAAAGUUUAGAAUGUGCUCAUGUUUCAUAGUCUUUGCUAUGUUCAUAGAAGCACAGUCGUGGCUAUGUUCUUAUAUCAAUGUCUUGGCUAUGGCGAAGUCGUGUUGAUUUAUACACUAAUAAUACUGGGGUCAUUGGACAUACGAGAAUUGAAUGCUAAAAAUAGUUGCUAAAUCUAAAUGAAAUUUUUUAGUCAAAUGGACAGCAUCAAUGACGAAGGGACAGUUUACAUUUCAAGGGGACGAUAUUUCUGUCUUUAUGAUUCGGCAAUGUUAGUGGGAUGUGAUAUUAAUUGGGAAUUUAAAUAUAUUAGCUAAACAUUUUCGGCACAUGCAAAGAUAGACAGCAUGCUACAUGUUCAAAAGAAGUUUAGACUAUCACAAGAUAGACAGCAUGCUACAUGUUCAAAAGAAGUUUAGACUAUCACAUGAUAGACAGCAUGCUACAUAUUCAAAAGAAGUUUAGACUAUCACAAGAUAGACAGCAUGCUACAUGUUCAAAAGAAGUUUAGACUAUCACAAGAUAGACAGCAUGCUGCAUGUUCAAAAGAAGUUUAGACUAUCACAAGAUAGACAGCAUGCUACAUGUUCAAAAGAAGUUUAGACUAUCACAAGAUAGACAGCAUGCUGCAUGUUCAAAAGAAGUUUAGACUAUCACAAGAUAGACAGCAUGCUACAUGUUCAAAAGAAGUUUAGACUAUCACAAGAUAGACAGCAUGCUGCAUGUUCAAAAGAAGUUUAGACUAUCACAAGAUAGACAGCAUGCUACAUGUUCAAAAGAAGUUUAGACUAUCACAAGAUAGACAGCAUGCUACAUGUUCAAAAGAAGUUUAGACUAUCACGCGUCAUACAUCAAGAUAUACAAUAGUCAAUGAAACAUUUAGUGUCACAAACAUUAGUUUUGUUUCCAUGUAUUCUUGACCCGAUGAUUUCACCUUUCAGCUCCAGUUUGUAAUCGAUCAGAUUUACAUUUCUAAGCCGCAUGAAUUCAAUUAAUUACUUAAAGUAAAAUGCACUACGUGUAAGUGUGUAAUUUUUUAAUCAAAUGAAAAGAUUUACUGGGGACUGUUUUGAACUAUUCUACACAAAAAUCUCAUGUCAGUGCAUUUCUCAAGUUACAGUUUAUCCAGGACAAUGCUGAUUAAGAUUUCAAAAUAAUAUCCAUCGCAGUGUCAACAGGUGCGGAAAAAUCCCUGAUGGUAACCUCUCCCCCCGCCAAUCGAUGAUGGAUUUCUUCGUGUUAAAAUAAAUCCACUUGAUAAUAAUGAACAGAACAAAAACAAAUUAAUUGAGAGUCAGGAGGUUCAUGUAAUUAAGAACUUUAACAUUUAUUUUGAAUCGCCAUAACAUAAUAUUAUUUGCUUUCAAAGUUUCUUGUCACUUACGAAGGCUACCGAAGACUUCAAUCCGCGUUGAGUCAUGGUCAAAACGAUGUUUUUUGUGACCUAGCCUUAGGGUCACCAAAUUUCUGAACUUUUAAGCUUUGACUUUUAAUAAGCCACGUCUUUGGAUUUGUCACGUGUGAGGAAACUUUAAGAAGGUUUCUUUAUGCUUUGAUGAACUACGGUGAGACCGAGCAGUGUUUUCUCUGUCAAAAUGAUUUCUUUCAAGUUGGAAUCCCCGAUGAAACGGUAUCUCACAGUGUUGUCCGCAGCCCACUUUCGGCACACACUAGUUACGCCACUGCGACAUGAUAUGUACAUGUCAUCUGGAUUCUACCUGGCUGUUGUUACAUUUAUUUGUCUUGGUAAAAUCUUUCACUUCAUUCAUCGCUUGAGGUUCUGUAGACACCAGACAAAGUGAUUGCUUAGACACCAAUCUAUGUGAGUGUAUAGACACCAGUCUAUGUGAUUGUAUAGACACCAGUCUAUGUGUAUGGACGCCACUCUAUGUGUUUAGACACCAGUCUAAGUGUAUAGACACCAGCAUAUUUGUAUAGACACCAGUCUAUGUGUUUAGACAUCACUCUAUGUGUAUAGACACCAGUCUAUGUGUAUAGACACCAGUCUAUUUGUAUAGACACACGUCUAUGUGUAUAUACACCAUUCUAUGUGUAUAGACACCAGUCUAUGUGUAUAGACACCAGUCUAUGUGUAUAGACACAUGUCUAUGUAUAUAGACACAAGUCUAUGUGUCUAGACACCAGUCGAAGAGAUUUUAUAGACACACAUCUAGGUGAUUGAAUGGACACAUAUAUAAGUGAAUGUAAUGACACCAAUCUAAGUGAUUGAAUUGACAAAACAAUCCAAGUGAUUGCAUAGGCAUCAAUCUAAGUGAUUGGAUGGACACCAAUCUAAGUUUUUGUAUAGACACCUAUCUAAGCGAUUGUACUUAACCAAUCUAAGUGAUUGUUUGGACACCAAUCCGAGUGAUUUGAUGGACACAAUGCUAAGAGACUGGAUGGGGAAUAAUCUAAGUUAUUCGAUUAAUAUAAAUCUAAGUGAUUGAAUGGGCACCAAUGUAAGUGAUUGAAUGGGCACCAAUCUAAGUGAUUGAAUGGGCACCAAUGUAAGUCUUUGGAUUGACAACAAUCUAAGUGAUUGGAUGAAAACCUGUAUAAGUGGAUUUUAUUUAACCAAUCAAAGGGUUUGGUUUUACACAAAUGUAAAUGCAUUGAUUGACCACUAUCUGUAGUCACCAAUUGAUUGUAUAGUCACCAAUUUAAGUGAUUGUAUAGACACAGAUCUAUGAUAUUGUCUUACACCAAUCUAAAUGAUUGGAUUGACACCAAUUAAAGUGAUUGAAUUGACAGCAAUCCGAGUGAUUUAAUCGUUACCAAACUAAGCGAUUGUAUGGUUACCGAUUCAAGUGAUUGUAUUGAACGAAUCUAAGUGACUGGAUGCACAAAUCUAAAUGAUUGUAAGGCAACCAAACUGAAUUAUUGGAUGGACACCAAUCGAAUUGAUUGGGUAAACUAAAUUUUAAGUGAUUGUAUAAAAUUCAAUCUAAGUGAGUUGAUGGAUACCAGUUUAGUCGAUUGGACUGACAGUAUCUAAGUUAUUGUAUGGACACAAGUCUAAGUUAUUGUAUGGACACAAGUCUAAGUUAUUGUAUGGACACAAGUCUAAGUUAUUGAAAGGACACAAGUCUAAGUUAUUGUAUGGACACAAGUCUAAGUUAUUGUAUGGACACCAAUUUAAGUGAUUGGAUUGGCGCAAAUCUUAGUGAUUGUAUAUAACCAAUCUAAGUGAGUGGAUAUACAUAAAUAUAAAUGAUUAGAUUGACACCAAUCUAAGUAACUGUAUUGAGACCCUUCUAAAGUUUUUGUAUAGACGCAUAUGUAUGUGAUUGUAUUCAACCAAUUUAAGUGUUUGGAUCGACACCAAUCUUAUUGAAUUAAUUGACACGAUUGUAUAGUUAACUAUCUAAAUGAUUGUAUAAACACAUAUAUUAGUGAUGGUAUUUAACCAAUCAAAGUUAUUGGAUGAACCACAAACUAAAUGAUUGGAUGAACCCCAAACUAAAUGAUUGGAUGAACCCGAAAAUAAAUGAUUGGAUGAACCCCAAACUAAAUGAUUGGAAGAACCCUCAAACUAAAUGAUUGGAUGAACCCCAAACUAAAUGAUUGGAUGAACCCCAAACUAAAUGAUUGGAUGAACCCCAAACUAAAUGAUUGGAUGAACCCCAAACUAAAUGAUUGGAUGAACCCAUAACUAAAUGAUUGGAUGAACCCCAAACUAAAUGAUUUGAUGAACCCCAAAAUUAAUGAUUGAAUGAACCCCAAACUAAGUGAUUGGAUGGACACACAUCUAAGUGAUUGGAUGGACACACAUCUAAGUGAUUGGAUGGACACACAUCUAAGUGAUUGGAUGGACACAUAUCUAAGUGAUUGGAUGGACACACAUCUAAGUGAUUGGAUGGACACAUAUCUAAGUGAUUGGACGGACACAUAUCUAAGUGAUUGGAUGGACACAUAUCUAAGUGAUUGGAUGGACACAUAUCUAAGUGAUUGGAUGGACACAUAUCUAAGUGAUUGGAUGGACACAUAUCUAAGUGAUUGGAUGGACACAUAUCUAAGUGAUUGGAUGGACACAUAUCUAAGUGAUUGGAUGGACACAUAUCUAAGUGAUUGGAUGGACACAUAUCUAAGUGAUUGGACGGACACAUAUCUAAGUGAUUGGAUGGACACAUAUCUAAGUGAUUGGAUGGACACAUAUCUAAGUGAUUGGAUGGACACAUAUCUAAGUGAUUGGAUGGACACAUAUCUAAGUGAUUGGAUGGACACAUAUCUAAGUUAUUGGAUGGACUUAUAUCUAAGGGAUUGUAUGGACACAUAUCUAAGUGAUUGGAUGGACACAUAUCUAAGUGAUUGGAUGGACACACAUCUAAGUGAUUGGACCGACACAUAUCUAAGUGAUUGGAGGGACACAUAUUUAAGUGAUUGGAUGGACACAUAUCUAAGUGAUUGGAUGGACACAUAUCUAAGUGAUUGGACGGACACAUAUCUAAGUGAUUGGAUGGACACAUAUCUAAGUGAUUGGAUGGACACAUAUCUAAGUGAUUGGAUGGACACAUAUCUAAGUGAUUGGAUGGACACAUAUCUAAGUGAUUGGAUGGACACAUAUCUAAGUGAUUGGAUGGACACAUAUCUAAGUGAUUGGAUGGACACAUAUCUAAGUGAUUGGAUGGACACAUAUCUAAGUGAUUGGAUGGACACAUAUCUAAGUGAUUGGAUGGACACAUAUCUAAGUGAUUGGAUGGACACAUAUCUAAGUGAUUGGAUGGACACAUAUCUAAGUGAUUGGAUGGACACAUAUCUAAGUGAUUGGAUGGACACAUAUCUAAGUGAUUGGAUGGACACAUAUCUAAGUGAUUGGAUGGACACAUAUCUAAGUGAUUGGAUGGACACAUAUCUAAGUGAUUGGAUGGACACAUAUCUAAGUGAUUGGAUGGACACAUAUCUAAGUGAUUGGAUGGACACAUAUCUAAGUGAUUGGAUGGACACAUAUCUAAGUGAUUGGAUGGACACAUAUCUAAGUGAUUGGAUGGACACAUAUCUAAGUGAUUGGAUGGACACAUAUCUAAGUGAUUGGAUGGACACAUAUCUAAGUGAUUGGAUGGACACAUAUCUAAGUGAUUGGAUGGACACAUAUCUAAGUGAUUGGAUGGACACAUAUAUAAGUGAUUGGAUGGACACAUAUCUAAGUGAUUGGACGGACACAUAUCUAAGUGAUUGGAUGGACACAUAUCUAAGUGAUUGGAUGGACACAUAUCUAAGUGAUUGGACGGACACAUCUAAGUGAUUGGAUGGACACAUAUCUAAGUGAUAGGAUGGACACACAUCUAAGUGAUUUGAUGGACACACAUCUAAGUGAUUGGAUGGACACACAUCUAAGUGAUUGGACGGACACAUAUCUAAGUGAUUGGAUGGACACACAUCUAAGUGAUUGGAUGGACACAUAUCUAAGUGAUUGGAUGGACACACAUCUAAGUGAUUGGAUGGACACACAUCUAAGUGAUUGGAUGGACACACAUCUAAGUGAUUGGAUGGACACAUAUCUAAGUGAUUGGAUGGACACACAUCUAAGUGAUUGGAUGGACACAUAUCUAAGUGAUUGGAUGGACACACAUCUAAGUGAUUGGAUGGACACAUAUCUAAGUGAUUGGAUGGACACACAUCUAAGUGAUUGGAUGGACACACAUCUAAGUGAUUGGAUGGACACAUAUCUAAGUGAUUGGAUGGACACAUAUCUAAGUUAUUGGAUGGACACACAUCUAAGUGAUUGGACGGACACAUAUCUAAGUGAUUGGAUGGACACACAUCUAAGUGAUUGGAUGGACACACAUCUAAGUGAUUGGAUGGACACACAUCUAAGUGAUUGCAUGGACACAUAUCUAAGUGAUUGGAUGGACACAUAUCUAAGUUAUUGGAUGGACACACAUCUAAGUGAUUGGACGGACACAUAUCUAAGUGCUUGGACGGACACAUAUCUAAGUGAUUGUAUUGAACCAAUCUAAAUUAUUAACUUGACACCAAUCCAUGUGAUUGGAUUGACACCAAUUUAAGUGAUUGGAUUGACACCAGUCUAAAUGAUUGGUUGGACAUCAAAUACAAUGAAUGUAUAGUCACCAAAUUAAGUGAUUGCAUAGAGGCAACUAAAAGUUAUUGUAUUAAAACAAUCUAAAUGAUUGGAACAACACCAUUCAAAGUGUUUGCCUUUACUCAAAUCUAAUUGAUUCACACCAAUCUUUGUGAGUUAAACGACACCAAUCUAAUCGAUUGUAUAGUUACUAAUCUAAGUGAUUGGAUAGAGACCUAUCUAAGUGAUUUGAUUAACAUCAAUAUAAUUUAUCGACAGGACAUCAAUUGAAGUGAAUGGAUGAAAACCAAUGUAAGUCAACUGAUGGACAGCAAUCGAAGUGAUUGGAUGGGCACCAAUUUAUUUGGAUUGUCACCCAUCAAAGUUAUUGAAUAGACACCUAUCUAAGUGUUUGUAUUUAAUAAAUCAAAAUGAUUUGAUUUAAACCAAUAUAAAUGCUUGGAUUAACACCUUUCUAAGUGAUUGGAUGGACACCAAUUGAAGGGUUUGGAUAGACACCAGUUUAAGUGAUUGGAUGGACAUCAAUAAAAAUGAUUGUAUAGUCACCAAUUUAAGUAAUUGUCUAGACUCAUAUCUAAGUGAUUGUAUUGAACCAAUAAAAAAAUCAGAUGGAUACCAAUCUGACUGACUGGAUUGACACCAAUUUAAGUCAUUGAAUAGACACCAAUCUAGGCAAUUAGAUGAACACCAAUGUAAGUAUUUGAAAUAUAUAUAUCUAAGUGAUUGGGUGAACUCAAUUCUAAUUGAAUGAAUGGAUACAAAUCUAAGUGAUUGAAAUGACACCAAUCUAAGUGAUUGGAUGGACACCAAUCUAAGUGAUUGGAUGGACACCAAUCUAAGUGAUUGAAAUGACACCAAUCUAAGUGAUUGGAUGGACACCAAUCUAAGUGAUUGAAAUGACACCAAUCUAAGUGAUUGAAAUGACACCAAUCUAAGUGAUUGGAUGGACACCAAUCUAAGUGAUUGAAAGGACAAUAAUCUAAGUGAUUGAAUGGACUUCAAUCUAAGUUAUUGAAUCGACAUCAAUCUAAUUGAUUGGAUGGACACCAAUGGACAUGAUUUCAAGGAAGGUUUAUUCAAAUAAAAGAAGAUGAUUGAAAUCUAAUCAGUGUUUGUAUGAAAGUUUGUAUCACUUAUUUGUCUUCUGACCUAUGGACCAUUCAAAGAUAGGCACUCAGUUUUACUGGGAUAAGUCCAUAUUUGAUGCGCAUCGCAUCCUUGAUUUAAAUCGUUAUAUUAUAGAAUUUUUAUAAGUCAUGCCUAGAGUUAUAUAUAAUUAUUGCUUUAUAUAAAGGGACCAACUUAAAAAUAGACAGACUAUUUCAAGGCAGCCCUUGAAAAUUGGGGGCUGUUUAGUAUUGUUUAAUAAUUGUUAAAACAAUGAAUCAGCUGAUAGAGUCCAUCAAAGAUGACGUUACAGAAUCUGUUUGAUUGGACAUUGAUUUAUAAUAAGUCCAUGUCAUUUAACAUCAUCUUCAAAAUACUAAGUCCAUCUCAAGUAACAUCCUCUACAUACCACUAAGUCCGUCUCAAGUAACAUCCUCUACAUAUCACUAAGUCCAUCUCAAGUAACAUUCUCUACAUACCACUAAGUCCGUCUCAUGUAACAUCCUCUACAUACCACUAAGUCCACCUCAAGUAACAUCCUCUACAUACCACUAAGUCCGUCUCAUGUAACAUCCUCUACAUACCACUAAGUCCAUCUCAAGUAACAUCCUCUACAUACCACUAAGUCCAUCUCAAGUAACAUCCUCUACAUACCACUAAGUCCGUCUCAAGUAACAUCCUCUACAUACCACUAAGUCCAUCUCAAGUAACAUCCUCUACAUACCACUAAGUCCGUCUCAUGUAACAUCCUCCACAGUCGAACCAUCAAGGCCACAGUGUACGUGGGUGACUAUAGGAAUCAUCUUCACCCUGACUUGCACAGUGACUCUCAACCCUGGAGGCAUCUGUACCCUUCAUGAAUAUAAUGUACGUCAGUACAAAUUGUAGUUAAGUAUGUUCAAUGGAAUGGAAAAUAAUCAAAUAAUUAGAGACUUUAUUAGACAGUAUAUUGGGGAGCAUAUUAGUGAGUAUAUUGGAGAGUACAUUGGAGAGCAUAUUGGACAGCAUAUUGGAAAGCAUAUUGGAGAGCAUAUUAGAGAUUAUAUCAGAGUGUAUAUAAAAGAGUAUAUUAUAUAAUAUAUUAGAGAGUAUAUUUAAGAGUAUAUUUGAGAGUUUCUUAGAGUGCAUAUCAGAGAUUAUAUUAGAGACUAUAUAUGAAAGAUUAUUAUUAUACUAAAAUGUUGACAUGUAAGUUGUUUUUUCUUAAUAUUAUCUAGUUUAAUAAUUUUCCCUGGAGGUUUCAUAAAAAAUGUCCAACUCUGAAAGUGUGUAGUUGUUCUCCUUUGAUUAAACUUUAAAUUUAUCUUGAUCAGAUCUGUUCACUCUUUAACCUCUUAAAAUCGCACAAUAUCAUCACAAAAUCGUUAAAUACAUUAUCGUAAUAGUAAAAAAUAAACAUACAGUAUAUAUAAUGUAUAAUUCUCAAAAUCGUACAUUGUACGCCAAAAUCUUAAGAGUAAACAGGUCUGCUGCAUCCAUUAGGCACAGAAACUAGAAACCACUAAACUAUUAUUAUCUUCUCUCUUAUGAUAUACACAGUUGGACUCAGGACCAGGGCUGUGGACCUUUGACGUGACGUAUACACACACAACAUAUAAGACGCAAGGGCUGACACACACCACUUGUGUCUUUCAUGGAAAGAUCAUCUUCCCAUCAAGUCAACACCUCCGUCUCACGGUCUCUGUAGCCCCUAAUGUAACAAAUUACGGCUACCUCAAAUCAAUGUCAACUCCCAUUGACGUCUACGUUAACAGUGAGUCUCGCCUCAAGACUUCAGAACAAUAGUAUUUAACAAAUACACUUAUAGUUAGUGGAUUAGCCAGGGUUGGUGUCACAUGGUGUGAUAAAAACAUGGUGUAACCCUCCCCCCCCCCCCCCCCCCCCAGGAUUGAUUUCCUCGUGUUAAAAUAAGUUCACAGUAUAAGAAUGACAUGAAAAAAAAAUAAUCAUUGAAGGUCAGGCGUUUAAUUUAUUUAAGAACAUUAACAUGUACUUAGAAUCACCCGACCACAUCGCAUUUGAAAUUAAGUAGAAAGUUUUAUUUUCAGAAUUUAGAUAAAUAUAGCUUCCUGUUACGACAGUUGCCGAAAAAUUCAAUCGGCUUUGAAUCAUUGUCAAACCAGCGUUUUUCUGACUUGUUAUAGGGUCACCUCAUUUCUGACGCAUCCGCCUUGAACUUUUAAUAAAGCACGCAUGUGCUUUGGUUACAUGUGUGGAUAAGUUAUGUAUCAUUGGUUAUCGUUUCAUGAAUUUUUUUUUUAAUUUUUUUUUUUUUUGGGGGGGGGGGGGUGUGCAAGCAGUGUGUGCUCUGUAAAAUUGCAAUUUUUUAUUUUGCGUCAUUCCUGAGAUGGUGUCACCCGUUACGGUCAGCAUUCCCGCACCCCACUAGCUACGCCCGUGCUUGUAGCAAUAUUUAUAAGCUACUUUUAACUCUUUGAUAUUUAAACUACUUUAUGUAUAUAUUUCUGGCCUAUUUGUGUAACCAAUGAAGGUUUAAUCUAUACAAUUAUAAAAGGAUGGCCCCGUGUUUCAUGGAUCGUUUCAAGUUUCCAGAUUUUCUAAUGAGCACUGUGGAUUUAAAUUGUAUAGUUUCUGAAAGGAGCCAACACUCAACGUUUUAUACAGUAUGACGUCUAGAUGGUAUUAGUGGAGCAGAGGCAUGUUGUCUUGAACGCAUAAGCACGUUGAUCAGCAGUGCAUAGUGCCAGUCGUAAAAAUGUAUAAGUGUUAGGUAGUAGUUGGAAAUGGGUCUUUCGUUGGUAUAUUAUACAAAUCCUAGAAAAGAUAAGAUUCAUUUAUUGAUCCAAAUAAAUGGAUAUGUUUUGUGAUUGCAUUAUACAUUUUCAGCACAAAAAUAAAACAAUUUGAACACAAUACAUUUAUAAUAAAUUAUUUCAAACAGCUAUUCAGUGAGUUCUCUUAGCAAAAUCGGGGACUUAUUAGAUCUCAUUCAAAUGUGUGACAUUCCGAGGAAGCACGCCGGUAAAUUCCUACAGAUUUGGGAACAAAGGAAUUUUUAUAUUUAUCAGUCCUCGCCCUGAUGGAAAGAAUUCGUCCCGAACGGCCCGAUCCUAAGCAUCUGUGAUGAAGAGGGUGAGAUGUAUCAUCCAAAAUGUAUUUAGUUUUGCAAAAACAUCUUUCUUCAAAUAGUUCUUCAAGUGAAGGAUGUUUAGUUUAUGUUAUGUUCCUAACUUUCUUGAAUAGUCGGUUUAUGCGGUGUUUAAUAUCAGACGUUGAAUUCCCACACCAGCAGGUAAUACUGAAAUUAAGCAGGCUUCCAAUAGUUGCACUGUAGAAUAAGUUAACGACUUGCUUGUUUACCCCAAAAUUGUACAGUUUUUUGAGGUAGAACAGUCUUUGGUUGAAUUUGUUAUACAGCAUUUGGCCGUGCUCAUGCCAUGAUAGCUAAUUAUUAAUUGUGACACCUAAAUACUUGUAUGCCUCCACUUUCUCCACAUUUCGAUUUUUUAAGUUGAGAUAUAAAACCACAAGAGUUGAACUUAGGAUUAUGUCAAGUUGAUACAGAUUUAUUUAAUAAAACGGUGGUUUUCUGUUCCAGAUCCAACCACAAGUUAUGAUCACGUGAUUUAUACAACUAGGCGCUACACGCACGGUAAGACACAUUUGUAGUGGUUGCUACUAGCAGGGUAAGACAUAUUUGUAAUGGUUGCUACUAGCAGGGUAGACAUAUUUGUGACGGUGGUAAUGGCACUGAAAGACACAUAUCUAGUGCCUGCUACAAGCAUGGUAAGACAUUUUUAAUGGCUGCUUCUAGCAGGGUAAAACAUUUAUGUAAUAUUCUGCUACUAGCCUGGUAAGACAUAUUUAUAACCGUUUUUUCUAACUGGGUGAGACAUAUUUCUGGUGGCUUCUACUAGCAGGGUGAGACGUAUUUCUAAUGGCUACUACUAGCAGUAUUUAUGUCGUAAUCAGGUUUUCCAUGCUCUAACUACGAAAAUAUUCGAUUAAUUAAUAAAGAAUCUUGCUUCUCAGAAAUUCAGCUUUUGCGGUAGACUCUGGAACGAAUUAACCGCGAUAAACACGGGUGUACUGUAUACCAUUGAACUGUAUUAUCUAAUAUUAACGGAAUUGACAUGAUGAAAUCUUCCUUUAAAAGUGAACCAAACUUUUGCCUUUGUUGCCUACUUUUAUUUUGGAAAAUCAUAAAACAAAGAAUUCUUAUCUAAAGAUCAAUCUCUUAACCGUUUUUCAUGUUUGUAAUAUAAUUGAGUGUCUGUUUUACAGAAAUGUUAUCAAUGUCAUAAAAAAUUUCCAGCAGUAGAACCUAUUCUUUUCACAAGUAAAAAUCAUUUUUUGAACCAAUCUUUGUUUACACCCAUAACUAUAAAUAAAAUGAAAUUAAAUGAGAUUAAAUUUUCACCUGUGUAAAAAAAAUUUUUUUUUUAAAUGUAUGGCUAAAUUAUAUAAAUGUAUCCCCGAAUAUAUAUGAAACCAAGAAGGUUAAUUAUUUAUAAAAUUCAUUCCUUUAUUCUGAGACGAAUCUGGUGUCGCCUUUGGUAUCAAAAUAUAAAUAAUUAAUUAGUUUUAAGGUAGAAAUAAGUAAAUAUUAUUUACAUAUUUUAUAAAAGUACUGCUACAUUAAAAAAAAAUAAUUAACAUGAGUAAGAGCUCACAUAUUAACAUAAUGAAUUGUUUCGCAUAAUGUAUUGUUUCCACAAUUCUGUAUCAAAAGGAAGUUCGAUAUAUUUAUAUGUGAUGUGUAGACGUACAAGUGGAAAAAGACGUGAAAAAGAUUUUAAGUAAAGAAGGCGCUUGCCGUGAUCUAUGUACAUCUUAUAACAUCGUGAUAGUUGUCCCACAAAUCUGAGUGAGCCAUUAUAUAUAUCUAUAUAUAUAUGAAGUACAAGGAUGACGAUAAUUAUGUUUUCUCCAAACAGGAGCUUUAUUUUAUAUUGUGAGACGUGAAAUAUUCUGUGAAUGAACAUAAUGAUUCCAGAUAGGGUAUUCAGCCUCAUGUUUUAAUAAAAAGAUAAUUAUCAUAGUCAUAAUGAGGAACGCUGGAUAAGCAAAUACAAGAAGGAUUACAACAUUAGACAAUACUCAUAAUGAUAUCACAUAGACGUUACAAUUGUACUUCGUUGUUACAAUAUGUCUUACAUUAUCCUCAAUUAUAUAUAAUAAAAUUUAAAACAAAAGUAAUUGUUGACCCUUGAAAACCAUACAUUUGAUUUAACAUUACACGCUCAUUAAAAGAACUCGUAUAUACUGAAAGACUGAUAAUAAGUUGAUUUUAGCAGAAAGGUCAAUAAUUAGCCACUAGAAAAUAUCACAGGAUCACUUAACAUUUGCCCAUUCGAUAUAAUUUAAACGAUUUGUUUUUUAUUGAAUACCACAGAGUUAAUUUAAAAUUGACGCUUGAGCAAUCAGAAUUUUGUACUAAAACAAGUACGGAGAAAAUGUCAUUGGCGUGAUAAUCGAAAUGUUAGUUCACAAAAAUGUUACCAUUUUUUUUUUUGCUUGAUUCUCAUGUAGAAAUAUGUAUAUUUUUGUAAGCUGUGCCAAUAGAUGGGACAGUUUGUUUUUAAUUCUAUUCAAAAGCGAAACGCGUUUGAGAAUUUAAUAAACACUGGUUAUUUUUAAACGCUAAAUUAUUCUGGAAAUUUUCUGACAAAAGCAACACAUUUGAAGAAAAUAAACACAUUGGAAACAUUCACUAUGUGACCGUUAAAUUCUUUUACAAGUAUGUAUUUUUUAAAAAGUUUUUCUUUUGUCUUGCUAAACAUACAUGGAAUAGAGUAUAUUUAAUAUUAUAUUAAAAUCUUUAAAAAAAAAACCAUAAAGCCAUAACAGAAUGUAUAGAUCACACCUAUCCAUAUUUUUAAACUCCUUCUUUUAUAAAUAAAUAUAGUUUGAAAAUAGAUUUCAUGCGACUGAUCGUUCAGAAGAAAUGUAUUCAAUAUAUAGAACGUUGUAUUGAUUUAAGUUUAGUUUAAUACAGUGCACUUAAAGUUUUAAAACUGGUCAAGGUGCAAAAAAAAAAAAAAAAAUCAUUAAAAACAUUAUGCAUCCAAACUGCGUGGAGAAAAGCUGGAGCGACCCGAACGAUAUUUAGAACCGAAUGCUAUAGCCUCUAACAGAUUUGCUUUAAAUACACGGAGCAUCAAAUAUAUCGAGCGUAGCGAUAUUUGAUCGAUUCCACUAAAUGUAAUCGGUUAAAAGGCAAGAAUUACUCUGCUUUUAAAACUUUUUACAAAAUAAAAAGAUUUCAAAUAAUUUUAAUGUACAUACAUGUUCACUCUAGUGCUGUACACAGUUUGCUCCGGGGGGUAGUAGACCACGACCGGGGGCUGGGGUAGUAGACUUGCUCCGGGGGUACUAUACAUGCUUCCGGGGAGGGGCUUUUGACUUGCACUGCACGUGUAACCCCCCCCCCCCCCAGAGAUGCUCGAAAGAAAACCUUCUUCUGGUGAUGUUAGAGUUAUUUGCCUUAUUUCAUUUAGAUGUUGUGUUAAUUAUGUAUAUUAUUUGAUAUAAGUGGUGUGAAUUAUGUAUAUCAUUUCUUUCAGUUGAUUAUUCCGACGAUCAGUGGGAAAGAUGGAAAAUAAUGGCAGUUAUAUUUGGAGUUGUUGGUGGAGUCUUCAUACUAGGUCUAUUAAUAGCCUGCUGCUUUAGAAGACGAAAGAAUUCUCAAAGAUCAGCUGUGCCUGUUUCGGUUCAGUUUCGUAGGGACCGUUCUGUUGCGCAAGUGAACUUACCAAGUAUCGAUACUGUGGACGGGUUAAUAUAUUACAGAAACCGACAAAUGAGUGAUAGUCCGCCACCCUACAAUUCCGUAGUCGAUUCCAAUAAUGAAAUAUCAACUUGGUCCAAUGCUGUAGCGGCAAAUAAUAACACUGGUAAGGAAUAUUUUUAUGUUUUAACUAAUACUUCGUUUGUAUCAGUGAGUUCUUAUUAAGUGCUCGAUUUUGUCAAGAUUUUCCAUAGAGUAUGAGCUUAAGUUGACCAAUAUCCUAGAACUACCAAAAAAAUAACUAGUUAUCACACCUUCUUGCAAAUAUCCAAUUAACCCUUACCCUACCCGGAAAUAACCGAACUCCAACUAGCCAACCCCAACUAGCCAACCCCAAAUAGCCAACAUCAACUAGACUACCACAUUUAGCCAGCACUAACUAGCCAACAUCAACUAGACUACCACAUUUAGCCAACCCCAACUAGCCAACAUCAACUAGACUACCACAUUUAGCCAGCACUAACUAGCCAACAUCAACUAGACUACCACAUUUAGCCAGCACUAACUAGCCCACAUCAACUAGACUACCACAUUUAGCCAGCACUAACUAGCCCACAUCAACUAGACUACCACAUUUAGCCAGCACUAACUAGCCCACAUCAACUAGACUACCACAUUUAGCCAGCACUAACUAGCCCACAUCAACUAGACUACCACAUUUAGCCAACCCCAAUAUGGCAAACUAUAACUAGACAACCCAACUAACCAGCACAACUAGCUAGCUGUCCAACCCCAACUAGCCAACCCCAAAUAGCCAACAUCAACUAGACAACCCAACUAACCAGCACAACUAGCUAGCUGUCCAACCCCAAAUAGCCAACAUCAACUAGACAACCGAACUAACCAGCACAACUAGCUAGCUGUCGACCCCAAAUAAACAACCCCAAGGAGCCAACCCCAAAUUAGCCAACCCCAAAUUAGCCAACCCCAAAUCAGCGAAUUCAAUCUAAUCAACCUCCGCCUACUCAACCUCCUACAAGCUCAGACACUCUGAAGCAAAGCUUGAACAAUUCUUUGAAUGAUAUGACAGUUGAUAUUGACGGUGUGCAUGGUAUUUUGUACACACAUACCAGCUCGUGACGCUGUGAGAGUCUUUAGACUAUAAAUAAACCUUCUGUGCUUUUUUCUUUUUUAAACGCAAUGUUAUGACCAUUUCCAUCAACUGAAAAUUUAAACUUACAAUGUGAAGGUAAUUUGACACGGUACUCAAAGAGAUGGACCAUAAUAACUAGUUGUUUAGUAAUAAUAGUUUUUUGUCUAUUUCAGAGGUAGAAGAACCCCCACCACCCUAUCCAGGCAAAUAAACAAAAGCUCGAGUUUGUCAUGGUUCAUUUGGCCAUCUCUUCAUGCGUGACCUGUGAGAGUCAAGCUGAUCUUGUUACUAGAUAACUAUAUAUGAUGCGAGAUCAAGAGAGAACCCGCCCACACACACACACACACCCACACAUACCCACACACACCCACACGCACACGCACACACACACGCAAACAAACACAAACACACACAGCCCAUCCAAAAUAACCAGAUUGUCAACAACGAUAUCACUGUGCUAUAACCAAACAAUUUAUUGAAACCUCAACACUUUCAUCAUCCUCUUCUACUCUACACAUUUUCAAUAGUGACGUUGACAAACCUUCCUGCUAUAUUCUUCCAAACAUUCACAAAGUAGGCAACCCUGGACGACCUAUUGUGUCAGCCUGCUCAUGUCCUACGGAAAACAUUUAAGAAUUUGUAUUUGAUGUUUUUUAAACUCUAUUGUAACCGCUUCACACACUUACAUUAAGGACGACAGCCACGCUUUAAACACAUUUGAUUCCCUGACACAAAAGACUUAGUGUUUUUACUUGAUAUCUUCUCCUUACACACAUCUAUGCGACAUACGGACGGUCUUAAUUAAGGAUUGGAGAUUUUUCCUUCAGUGCAAAACACAUCUAUCCAUCCCUACUGACCCCAUUAUUUGACUUGCUGAACUGGUACUCAUCCUUAACUCUUUUGAAUUCAAUGGUCAUAUAACUGAACAAAUUAGUGUCAUGGCCAUGGAUACAAAAUGGGCCCUAUGUAUGCCUGCCUUUUUUGGUCAUUGCAAAUAUAUGCGGGAAAGAAGGCAUAUACUGGUCGUAUUAUGUGGGAAAGGAGGCACAUACUGGCCGUAUGAUCUAAUUUGAUAAGAGAUGCCUUGAUUUGGCAUUGGCAUCAAUGUCAUGGAAACUAAUGAAUUCCGAAAAUUAUGGAUUCUCUAAACUUUAAAGUUACUUCCCAAAACUCUUGGUAUUCUGUCACCUUUCUUGAUAUUACCCUAAUCUUAAAAGAUAACAGAUUAUUCACAACUGUCUAUUUCUAAGCAACUGACAGCCACAGUUAUUUAUUAUAUUUAUCCUUCCACUCAAAAUCAUGCAUAGACUCCAUCAAAAUUUCUCAACUUCUGAGAAUGCAUCAACUAUGCAAAUUUAGAGAAAGGCUCUUUAGUUAUGGCUGAUGAAAUGAUGGACUUCUUCUGCUCCAGAGGCUGGCCUUAUUUUGUCCCUCAUUCGUAUCACCUUAUCACACUCGGUGGGCCUUUCAAUCUUUUCAAACAAAAAUAAGGGUUUAACAAAAAACAUCCUUACCUACCACCAUCACAAAACUCAUCUUUACAUACCACUCUCACAAACUCUUCCUUACCUACCACCAUCACAAAACUCAUCUUUACCUAGCCCCCACAAAAACGUCCUUACCUACCACCAUCACAAAACUAAUCUUUACCUAGCCCCCACAAAAACGUCCUUACCUACCACCAUUACAAAACUCAUCUCUACCUAGCCCCCACAAAAACGUCCUUACCUACCACCAUCACAAAACUCAUCUUUACCUAGCCCCCACAAAAACGUCCUUACCUACCACCAUCACAAACUCAUCCUUACCUACCACCAUCACAAAACUCAUCCUUACCUACCACCAUCACAAA